AUGUCUUCGAAACGUAAAUCCGAUGUUACAGUAGAUAAAUCAAAGAAGAAAGUUAAAAAAGACGAAAGCGACGGUGAUGAAUUUGACGAUGAAAAUGAUUCUAUGAGCGACGCGUCCAAUAACGGGGCUGAUGACCCGGAAGAUAAAUCAUCCGAUGCGGUACAGGAAUUUUUGCCAGGAAGCGAAGCCUCGGAAAAACUGAAAGAAAAAUUAAGUGGUAAUGUCGGAGUUCUCCUCAUUUGUGGUGGUGUCAAUUGGGAUUUAGCAGGGAGAAAAGUUCCUCCGAAAAGUGUUAAAAAUGCUUGUUUAACUCCAAUUAAUUUAUAUAUUCCACAUCGAAUGGUACCUGAAUUCAGAGUAAGACUUGUAGCGACAGGUUGUAACUCUGCUCACAGUGUAAUCAUAACUGAAGAGGGCAAAGCCAUGACAUUUGGUCAAUUGGGAGUGGGUGAUACAAAAACUAGAGAUUUACCAACAUUAGUCGAAUCAUUAAAAGAAUACAUAAUUGUCGGUGCAGCGACAGGAAGAAGUCACACAUUAUUUUUAACAGAAAGGGGUACAGUUUUCUCCGUUGGUGAUAAUAAAAAUGGUCAACUCGGAAUAGGAAGCAGUACAAUUCAGACUUUAGAAACUCCGAGAAUGAUUAAGUACAAAGGGCCUCCAAUAGUUAAAGUUGAUUGCGGUGCCGAAUUCAGUAUGAUAUUAGACGUGAGAGGAUCUCUUCAUUCGUUUGGUUUACCUGAAUACGGUCAAUUAGGUCACAAUACAGACGGCCAAUAUUUCGUUAAUAGUAACAAAUUAUCAUUUCACUGUGUGCUUGCCCCAAAAAAAAUUGGAAUGUUUAUCGAAAAGGGUAAAGAUAAUCAUCCGGUACCCGUAAAGGUGGAUGAAAUAUUAGAUUUUUCGUGUGGGCAAAAUCACACGGUGGCAAUAGACGGUCGUAAAAGAUUAUUUUCGUGGGGAUUUGGCGGUUACGGACGAUUAGGUCAUGCCGAACCCAAAGACGAAUUCGUUCCAAGAUUAAUUAAAUUUUUCGAUUCACAAUCGAGAGGCGUGAAAAGCGUUUAUUGUGGUUCAAGUUACACAUUGGCCAUAAAUGACUACGGUGCCGUUUAUUUGUUCGGUCAAACGAAAAGAACGGGGGAAGCAAACAUGUAUCCGAAACCACUUCAGGAUUUAUCGGGUUGGAACGUUCGAAGCGUGGGUUGUUCCGUUACUUCCAUCGUCGUAGCAGCCGACGAAAGUGUUAUUGCAUGGGGUCCAAGUCCGACUCACGGAGAAUUAGGAAUCGGUGAGCUUCGGCGUAGUUCGACCGUACCCGUCGAAGUUAAAACUCUCGAUGGGAUUCAUAUAAAUCAGGUAGCCUGCGGGAUAGCACACACACUUUUUAUUGCCAGGGAUUCGACGGAAGCGGAAAAGGAAAAAAUCAACAAAUUAUACGAGUUUCAACCUGGUGAAGCGUAA